CCACAUUGAAUUCUGUGAUGUUCCAUUGAACGUCGCAGGUGUCAGUUAAUCCUCUACUCAAGUGACACUGAAACGAAUGGGUCUAUUUUUCCCCACUUAUAGCGCCGGGGUUUACAGCUUCUUGAUCGUCGGAAAUAUAUGUGAGCUAAUUAGGGCACAGCGCAGAUUGGAUGGACAUUCAGGACGCCGAGGGCUGGUGGACGGCGCUCGGUAGCCGAGACGCGCUGUCCAGGGAGGCGGCGAUGGACACCAUACGGCAAGAAGUGAUGAUGAGGGUGGAAAAAGCCGCCCCCCCGGGAGAGUCCUCUUCGUCGGCCGACUCAGCUGUCGCCUCUUCGAAUGAUCUGAACGACACGCUGGCCCGCCUGCUUAUGCUGUCCAAGAGAUGCCCCUUUGCCGACGUCCGGGAAAGAUGCGCACGGAUACUGCGGACAGUGCAGGAAAUUGGAGUGAGAAUUCCAAGACCUCUAGGAAGCGGACCAAGCAGGUUUAUCCCUGAAAAAGAGAUACUUGAGGUGAGCAAAUUAGAUACCAGGACACAGUUGAUAUUUGAGGAUUCCUUCGCCGCCCUGGGUCGCCUGGACAACAUCUCGCUGGUGAUGGGCUUCCACCCCCAGUACCUGGAGAGGUUCCUCAGAACACAGCACUACUUGCUACAGAUGGACGGGCCCUUGUCUCUCCACUACCGGCACUACAUCUGCAUCAUGGCGGCGGCACGACACCAAUGCUCAUACCUGGUGAACCUGCACGUCAACGACUUCCUCCAGGUGGGAGGAGACCAAAAGUGGCUCAACGGCCUGGACAAUGCUCCGCAGAAGUUACAGCUGCUCGGGGAGCUGAACAAAGUGUUAGCUCACAGGCCGUGGCUCAUCACCAGGGCGCACAUUGAGCAACUGUUGAAGGCUGAGGAGCACAGCUGGUCUUUGGCCGAGCUGAUCCAUGCCGUGGUCCUGCUCACACACUAUCACUCUCUGGCCUCCUUCACCUUUGGCUGUGGCAUCAGCCCUGAGAUCCACUGUGACGGGGGUCACACCUUCCGGCUGCCGUCUAUCAGCAGCUACUGUGUCUGUGACAUCGCCAAUGGCAACGGGGCAGUGGAAGAGGUGUUGGGGAACCACCAGGAGGCUUUUUGUGAGGUAGAAGCCCUCAUGGAGAGGAUGAAGUUGCUACAGUGUCGGGAUGAGGAAGAGGCCAGUCAGGAAGAGAUGGCCACCCGUUUUGAGAGAGAGAAGACGGAAAGCAUGCUGGUGGUCAUGGCAGAAGAAGAGGAGAAGUUUCUAUCGAGAGACAUUUCCUGCCACUUUGAGGACCUGAGUUAUGGUUAUAAAGAUUUCUCCAGGCGUGGGGAUCACGUGCCCACUUUCCGGGUUCAGGACUACAGCUGGGAGGACCACGGCUACUCCCUAGUAAAUCGGCUGUACCCGGACGUCGGGCAGCUGAUUGACGAGAAGUUCCAGAUAGCCUACAACCUGACUUAUAACACCAUGGCUACGCACCGGGACGUGGAUACCUCCAUGCUGAGACGGGCAAUCUGGAACUACAUCCACUGCAUGUUUGGCAUCAGAUAUGAUGACUAUGACUAUGGAGAGAUCAAUCAACUAUUGGAUCGUAACUUUAAAGUUUACAUCAAGACUAUGGUCUGCAGUCCAGAGAAGACCACAAAAAGAAUGUAUGAAAGCUUCUGGAGACAGUUUCAGCACUCCGAGAAGGUCCACGUGAAUCUGCUUCUUAUGGAAGCCCGUAUGCAGGCAGAGCUGCUCUAUGCUCUGAGAGCCGUCACCCGCUACAUGACAUGAAGUGUUGGGGGGGGGGGAUUUUUUUUGUAUAACUUUUUGUUUUAGGAUUAUUUCUAUUAUAACUACUAGUAUUAUCACUUUGUGCUCUCAUCGGACAUGAAAGGAGCCUUGAAUGUGAUGCAGAACUUCAUGGUGGAUGCUGGAAAUGGCCAUCUGGAACCAGCAGCCAGGUAGCCUCUCCUGGGCUUCUUAGUAGUGCCAAAAUGUGAGGGGUAUCUGGGCCAACCAUCCAUCUGCAGGAUGUUAUCCUGGGUGGGGUGUGGGGGGGGGGGGUGGCUGGGGAGGGUCCAUAGUGUUGUCACACUUGCAGGUGGCCCCUCUGCGUGUAUCAUGAAAACAUUGCAGCUUCUGAACCCAGGCCAGGCUGCAUCGCAUAUCCAAGUCCAUAGUCUUGCAUUAAAAGCCGACUAAGCAAUGGCAGAGGUUGAGUGGGUGUGGGCAGCUGGAGUCGCCGGCAUUACCAGGCUCCUUUAUGUGCUUCAGUGCAGCGCAGUAGGUGUAGCAGGUGCUGCCGCUGGUCUCGGGUUGGACUGGGGGUAGUGCACCAUUGAGCCGUUCAUGUAAGCUAACACGAGUGUAAGGAAAAAUCUGAGCCUGUGCGUGGUUUACUGUACCGAACCACGAAGCUAUUUAGCGAUGCUCUCGUAUUUUACCUAUAGCCUCACCUCCGGUGUUUCAGAAGUCUGAUGGGACACUGUAGAAGGGAACUGAAGACGUGAUGCUAGUUUUCUGUUCUUGUUACGGGGGAAGGGGGUGGAGCUUUGUCCAUGUAAAGGGUCUUCCUUGUGAAAGUGCUUCCUUUGUCUAACCCUCACUCUUUAUUCCCCCCAUGUCUUUUUUUCCCCCAUUUGAAUAUACAUACCUCCUUGAGGUGCACUAUGCUGUCACACAGGACUGCAGCAUAGGGCAGGUUGGCGUUUUUUUUUUUUCCCUCCAGUUAUUUGUCUGCAGUUCAGUCAGACAAUAUGCUAGUUCUCGCUAUUCUGAUCUAACCAGUAUAUAUAGCUUUUUAAGGACUGGGAGUCCCAUGUUUGUUUACUCUACCAGUGAAAUGCUGGACUUGCAGUCAAUUUAAAUGAAUGCUGUAGCUGAAAGGUUGAGAAGUACUUCUUCAGUAUGCUUUUAAGAACUGUAAAAGUCUGAGAUGAUGGCUGCUGGCAUUUUUAUAUAAACAAUAAAACAUUUUCAAUAUAUUUGAGUUCAGACUUAGUUCUCUUCCAUUGUGUAGGUGAAUUCCAUUCACAUUAGCUCAAAACUGUUUACAAUGAAACAUUUGUGAUGCAACACGAAAGCACUGAAUUUGACAGACAUUUAAAGUGUCAUUUUGGGGGUGGGAGUGGGGGGGGGGGCUAAUUGUAAAAGCUUGUCUUUGUUUCAUUGCGUUUGGCAUCCCGAUAUUCAAAUAGUUGGAUUUCACCCUAUGGGUUUUGUCUUGGAGAAUGGGCAUCUACUGUUCUCUGAAUGUAAAGAAACUGUGUUGUGGAGACUGUAACCAUAUCUGAGGCUCAGAUGCUGCAUGGGAUUGUGGGUGUUAAAUACAUGACAUGCAUCGUAUUUGUACACGUCGACAAUGACAGUUUCCCCACCAUUUUCUAUAUAAAUCGGAAUUAUUCAAUGUCAAUACCUGCUAUUCAAUUUGUAUCCAGUACAGAGACUUAACUUUAUUUACAGUUUUGAAAGAAGUUUGGAUCAUUUAGCUUAUUAGGUUCACUGCAUCUCUUUCAUUGUGUUUACAAUCUCUGGGGCUGUAGGUGAAGGGAAUCAAACGUGGGGGGAAAAAAACUGCACAGGCCUUUUAUUCCAGCAUGAGGAAAACAGAGCCAAGUUCAUAAGGAUUGUAGAUCUGCAGGUAGAGUCUCUUUUAAUGAAGACCUGGUGAAAUGACGUUUAAAAGCACAGGCAGAAGGUGGCACUGCACUGUCGCCGCCAUCCAACACCGUCGACCCAAAAAGAGGUGAAUGAGGAUAUGUGUCUAACACAUGCAUUCUGCCUUCUGAUAUGUAUAUUUCAUCAGCCUGUCUACAUGCUGGAUUGCAUAUGGAAGCCGUCUCAGAAGUUCCUUCUUCCUACAGCCUGGCCCUCUUCGUUUUUUACAUGACAGUUUCUGUUGUCUUAGUUAUUAUUUUAUUAUUGGAAUGUAGGGCUUCAGAAAGAUGUAUCUAACCAGAAAGCUGGUGACUUUUCCCAAGUGUUUUCUAUAAUCGUAUUACUAAUAUUACACUGUUGCUCCUCUGUGCCUCAAUCACUGUUCUUUCCCAUGUUGAUGUAAUAAAACUUUUAAAAGGUU